UCUUAGAAACGGACGAAGGUUAUAUGAAGGGGCGUCGGGAAGCAGAAGAGGCUUAGUGCCGGGGGAGUGAAAGAAGAAUAGGUGGAUUGGGUCUGGGAACCGGGGAGGGCACCAAAGGAGGAAAACGAAAAAGUAAAAAAAAAAAAAGAAUUGAAGGAACCGUUUGAGCCAACGCUUGUUUAUAGGACUAGGCCGUGUAAUCCACCAACGUCAUAUCCUUUUUUUUUUUUUUAAUUGGGUUGUAUUACGAGUAGGCCCGGAGUGUUCGUAUCUCAGAGAAACAAACCCCGUUACGUCGCUGAACAGUUCUCCUCCGACCCCUGAUUGUCACAGAGAGGCAUGAAUUCAAACGUUGAAAACUUGCCCCCGCAUAUCAUUCGUCGGGUAUAUAAAGAAGUUUCCACUCUGACAUCUGACCCACCUGAAGGAAUAAAGAUAAUCCCAAAUGAAGAAGAUAUAACCGAUGUGCAGGUUAAUAUUGAAGGACCAGAAGGCACCCCAUAUGCAGGAGGUAUGUUUCGAAUGAAACUGAUUUUGGGUAAAGACUUCCCAGCAGCACCACCAAAAGGAUACUUUCUAACAAAGAUAUUCCAUCCGAAUGUUAGCAACAAUGGAGAGAUCUGUGUAAACGUGCUAAAGAAAGACUGGAAAGCGGAGCUCGGCAUAAGGCAUGUUUUGCUGACAAUAAAGUGUUUGUUGAUUCACCCGAACCCAGAGUCAGCACUGAAUGAAGAGGCAGGGCGCCUCUUACUGGAGAACUAUGAAGAGUAUGCUUCCCGUGCAAGGCUUAUGACUGAUAUCCACGCUCAGGGUACCAGCUUAAGGGGUAAGGAUCCUACAGACCCAUGCUCCUCUGCCUCAACCCCAGUUGUCAGUGGGGAUGGACCCAUGGCAAAGAAACAUGCAGGAGAUAGGGACAAGAAACUUGCAGCAAAAAAGAAGACAGACAAAAAAAGAGCUCUCCGGAGGCUUUAGCACCAGUCAAAAACAUUGCCAGUGGGCAGGAGGGAUACUUUUGAGAACACAUCAUGAUUGGAUCUUGCGUAUGAACUUUUAAACUGGGUGGGAGGGGAACGUAAGCGGAAACUUGGGAGUCAAUUAAAAUCCAUAUUCUUUCCUCACUUUGUUUUUUUAAAGGCCUGCUUUUGUUAGAUUUUCCCAGUCUUAAGUUAUUUAAAUUAUAAAACUAUUAAAAAAAACUUUUUCUUAA